CCAUGGCAUGGCAUCGCACCGCAUCGCAUCGCAUCCCACUUGCUUGCUUCCACAACCCUGAUCCCACAACCCAAUCCCAUCUGACCCCCUACAUUGUGCAGCGUCGCGGACCCCACGUGGAACCAAUCUCACCUUCAAUGUCAGACGCUAACAGCAAUAGGUUGAUUUGCGUCGUAGGCGCCACGGGCAACCAGGGGGGAUCCGUCGCACGCCGUUUCCGCGAGGCUGGUUUCCGCGUCCGCGGUCUGUCCCGCAACCCUUCCUCUCCAGCAGCUCAGAAGCUCGUCGCAGAGGGCAUCGAGGUUGUUGCAGCAGACCUCGAUGAUGUCGCCACGCUGAUCCCCGUGUUUCGGGGCGCCAACGUCAUCUUCAGCGUCACCCAAUAUUGGGAGCCGUUCAUGCGCCCAGACUGCCGAAAAAGCGCCGAGGACCAAGGCAUCACGUGCCGCAAGUUCGCCUACGAUGUCGAGUAUCAACAUGGCAAAAACAUCACCGACGCUGCCGCCACGACGGUCGAUUCGCUUGAUGCCAAUGGAUUUCUCGUCUCCACGCUGAGCCAUGCUGCCAAGUGCAGCAAGGGAGCGUAUACAGAUCUCUAUCAUUUCGACAGCAAGGCCGAUAUCUACCCUGCUUACGUCGACGACAAGUAUCCCGACCUGGCUGCCAAAAUGUCGUGCAUCCACACGGGAUUUUUUUUCACCAGCUUCAACAUCCUGCCCAAUUCGUACUUCGGGAAGCUCCCCGACGGUAGCUUCCAGACGUCUUUCGCCACGGCCCCCGAUCGCGUUGUCCCUCACUUCGACCCCGUAGGUGAUAUGGGCAAUUUCACCUACGCCGUGAGUCAGUUGUCGCCUGGAAAAGCGUACAUGGCUGCAGGUACCUUUUCCAGCUGGACGAGCUGGAUCAAUACCUGGAGCGCCAUCACCGGGGCUUCCGCCUCGUACAAACAAGUCACGCCGGAAGAGAUGAUUGAAAUGACUGGUGAUUAUGAUCUCGGCCUUGAGGUCGCUCUGAUGUACUCCUACGCAAAUGAUCCAGGCUACGAUGGCGGCAUGCAUCUUUUGACUGCAGAUGACAUUCGUAAACUCGGCGUGGAAUGCCCAAUGACGACGUGGGAGGCAUGGGCGAAGAAGCAUGACUGGUCGCCUAUUCUUGCAUCUUAG